UUUACACAAAAUAUGUUGACAUUAAUUGAUUCUGACAAUAUAAUUCAUUUGUAAUCGUUAUAUGUACCUCAUCGCGUUAAAUUAGAAAAAUAUCAUGAAAAAUACGACUCGAUUAGUUAUUCCUGCAUGUACAGUGAACAAUUUGAGCAAUGGUAACUAUCAGAGACGUACACAGUUCAUUAUUUUUUUUUAUAAAAAACAUAUCGAUAAUCUUGUAUAAAACUGUACCAUAAAAUUUAUUAAAUUUCAUGUAAUAUAUUCGCGAAGAAGAAAUAUAUUCCGAACUACUGUAAACUAACGUACUUAUACUUCAAAGUGUGUAAAGGUUAACCUCCUUUAAGCAGAGCAAAAUUAUACAAAUUUUUAAUAAAUAUUCUGUGGAAAUGACAUUGAAAGAAGAAUUAAAUUGAUAUUUGAAUACAAAGAAAACAAAAUAAUAAGGAAUAUUGUCACAAAUAAGCAGAUGUUAAACUUUCAAUAGCAAACACGAUGAAUAAUAUUUCUGGACAAUUUCGUAAAACAAUAUGGGAUCCUAUUUUAAUAAUAUCCCAAAUAGUUGCUGUUCAAACUGUCAUGUAUUUCUGCCUUGGAUUAUGGAUCUGGAUCAUUGCUUCAUUUCUUGGAUCAACAAAGUCGCUAGAUUACGCCUUUCAUUAUAAGGAAAUACAUGUUCGAGAUUAUGCUGGUCAGCUUACCAUAAUCAUUUUUAUCAUAAAUGCAUUAGUUGGGGCAUUCGCGUUGUGGUGGUUGGUACAAAGAACGAAACAGUGUAUGGAUUUUGCAUGUACAGCACACUUGAUACAUUUGUUAUGUUGUUGGAUAUAUAACGCGAGUUUUCCUUCGACCUUUAGCUGGUGGUGUUUGAAUAUCGUAUCUGUAAGUAUUAUGUGUGUUUGUGGUGAGUUUCUCUGUAUGAAAACUGAAUUACAAGCGAUACCGUUAGGUAUGAACAGUCAUAAAACAGCUUUGUAACGUAUGCGUGCACAUAAAAUUUACUGUAUUAUCUAAAUUCUAUAGAUAUUAUCAUUGUUUUAAAUUAAAGACUUUUAGAUAAUAGACCAAUACCUUUUGUAUUAUAUUUUUAAUAAUAAUUACAAUAAAUACUUUUUAUCAUA